GAACGAAUCUUGAUCGUGAAACGGAAAAAGAAACAAAUGAAGCUCUCGUGACAUUUGUAGACCGGGGUACUUCAUUGUCUAUUCAACAGCAAAGAAAAAGAUUACCGAUUUAUAAAUCACGUGAUCAGAUACUGUAUCUUAUUGAAAAGUACCGGACAACUAUUAUUGUAGGGCAUACUGGUUGUGGAAAAACCACACAAUUGCCACAAUAUCUUAAUGAAGCAGGUUGGACCGCUAAUGGUUUUGUCGUAGCAUGCACACAGCCUCGUCGCGUUGCAGCUACAACAGUUGCUGAUCGCGUAGCCACAGAAAUGAACGUGAAGCUUGGCGAAGAUGUCGGUUAUAGCAUUCGGUUCGAAGAUUGCUACAGUCCAACUAAAACGCGUAUCAAAUAUAUGACCGAUGGCAUGUUAUUUCGUGAGACAUUUGGCGAUCCAUUAUUAUCACAAUAUAGUGUUAUUAUGAUUGAUGAAGCUCAUGAAAGAAGUCUUUACACUGAUAUAUUACUGGGAAUUCUGAAAAAGUUUGCAUAUUUUGCUUUAUCCCGAAUAAUCCAAAAAAAGCGACCAGAGUUAAGAAUCAUCGUUUCCUCAGCCACAUUGGAUGCGGAGGCAUUUUAUGAAUUUUUUAAUACAAAUAUAACAAAUGAUUCGACAAAAGACAAUGUAUCUAUAAUAUCUUUGGAAGGCAAAAUGUUUCCGAUCGAUAUACAUUAUUUGAGUAAUCCGUGUUCUGAGUAUGUGGAAGCUUCGAUACAGACAGUUUUUGAUAUUCAUGUCCAGCAACCUCCUGGAGAUAUUCUCGUAUUUUUGACAGGACGCGAUGAAAUUGAUUCCGCUGUCGGAGAAAUUUCAGAAAGGGCAACAACAUUACCUCGUUCUGCGAUGAAAAUACUACCACUACCUAUUUAUGCUGGUCUUCAUUUGGAACAGCAACUACAAAUUUUUGAACCCACUCCAUAUAAUACUCGCAAAGUUAUAGUAGCGACGAACAUUGCCGAAGCUUCUAUUACACUUGAAGGAAUUGUGUACGUUGUUGAUUGUGGAUUUGUGAAAUUGCGGGCCCAUAAUCCGAAAACUGGAAUGGAAAGUCUUGUUGUAUGCCCAAUUUCUAAAGCAUCAGCUCAGCAAAGGGCUGGGCGUGCAGGAAGAGUUGGACCUGGAAAAACAUACAGGCUAUAUACCGAAGAUUCAUUUUAUAAAUUGGAGGAUGCAAGUAUCCCAGAAAUUCAAAGAAGCAACCUUGCGCAAGUUGUGCUUCACUUAAAAGCAUUGGGCAUUGAAAAUGUGUUAAGAUUUGACUUUUUAACACCUCCACCUGCGGAGCUUAUGACACGCUCAUUGGAGUUGUUAUAUUCUUUAAAAGCAUUGGAUGAUCAUGGACGGUUAACAAUGCCUCUAGGAAUGCAGUUGGCAGAAUUUCCAGUCGACCCAAUGCUUGGCAAAAUUCUGCUAGACUCCUAUAAAUUCCAAUGUGGUGAAGAAAUGCUCUCCAUAGCUGCAAUGUUAUCUGUUCAGGAUGUGUUUAUAAUUCCUUCGAACCCAGACAUCGAUGUGAAUGAAGAGAAAAGGAAGUUCACUGUAGAAGAAGGAGAUCAUAUAACUUUGCUGAACG